CACGCUCAAUUGAUUGCUCCAUUCUGUUGUCUAUGACAGUGUUCAUCGUGUAAUCCCCUCGGCUCUUUUUAAUAGGCCCCACAGGGAUGAUGGGAAUUGUAGUUCAGGACAUCCUGAGAACUAUAGGCUGAGGAUAUCGGUGUGGGCACUCCUUUUCUUUUUUACUCCUAUAACAGCCUUCUCUGGUUAUUCCUCAUUAAACAUCCCAUUACCUGCUUCUCUCCUGUUUUUUUUUUUUUUGUGCAACUCCCUCCCCUUAGACCCCCCCCAUACCUCCCUCCUCUGCCUGGAGCUUCCCCUCCUCCUCUCCCUCCCUCCUCUCCUUGCGCCCUCCCCUCCUCCCACAAUGAUCAGUUGGAGCAGAAGUGGGAGAUCUCAUGCUUCCAGGAUGGAGACAUUGAGCAGCCUGUUGUGCCUGUGUGAUAAAGUUUAACUCCAAGCAGUUAUACUUGUCCUUGCCUUUCCAAAGCCACUAAUCAGCCUCUCAUCACCUCACAGGGAGUUUGAUUUGUGCCUCUACUGCAAUGUGGAAACUCAACAAGAGCAAAGUUCUUAUAGAGGAUUCACCUGAUGAAGAAACUCAGGCUCAGCCAGAUAUCCAGAUCAAAGACCAACUUCAAGAAGAAGUGCAGUCCCCAGUGUCUCAGCUUGCUACAAAGGUCCAAGGUGCCAGUUUUAGAGGAUGGAAGGAAGUGACCUCUAUAUUCAACAAGGAUGAUGAACAGCAGCUGCUAAAAGGAGCUAAAUGUCCUAAAUCUAAAGUAAUAUCUGCAAAACCAAAAGAAGAUAUAAAGACAGAAAAGAAAGCUGGCUUUUGGGACAGUUUAGCAAUAAAACAGAACAUUCAGCCAAAGAAAGCAGAUGAGAUUGAGGGCUGGGAACCUCCACAAAUAACCGUAGAGGAGUCUCCAUCCUUUCCUGAUGAUGUAUUAGAUGAUCCCAAUUCCUGGCCGGGCUGGGAGGAUGAAACCAAAGGAUCCACAAAAUAUACAAACCUGACAAGUUCAGGAAAUAGCUCCAGGUGGAGCAUAAAAUCAGCGGGGAAACUGGUUAGUAUUCGAAGGCGGAGUAAAGGAAACCUGACCGAGAACUGGGAGGAGUUAGAAUGAAAACCACGGCAAGCGAGCAAUAUGCAAUAUCCUUCCACUGUGAGGCUGCAGGUUUCAUGAUUUUCAUGUCAUUUUAUACCAAAUUCUAUUAAGUAUUGAUACCUACUUUUAUAUUUAUCUAGAUCCUACAGAAAUAAAUUUGCACUUCUACUGUC